AGGCCCCUCCCUGUCUGUGGUGACCUGAAUCCUGUCCUCACCUGCGGCAGCUAUAAAGGAGGCUGGAAGAAAGAAAGCAACGUUAACUCAUAUCAUAAAGAAGAACAUCGCCAUCCGAGGAGUACACUGAAGAGGUGAGGAUGACUUCCACUGCAGAUCGUCUGGCCCAUCAGAAGAAGAGGGAGGAAGGCAUUGGCACCAACCAGAAAGCAGUGAAGUUCUCCCAGCAGGACUAUGAGACUCUGCGGCAGCAGUGUCUGGAGCGUGGAGGCCUGUUUGAGGACAACUGUUUUCCUGCUGAGAGCAAAUCACUGGGCUUCAAUGAGCUGGGACCAUACUCAGCCAAGACCAGGGGCGUAGUUUGGAAGAGGCCAAUGGAGCUGUGCUCAAAUCCAAAGUUCAUUGAUGAUGGAGCCACAAGGACGGACAUUUGCCAAGGAGCUCUGGGUGACUGCUGGCUUCUGGCUGCAAUAGCCUCUCUGACUCUGGACCAGCGGAUCCUGGCUCGUGUGGUGCCCCAUGGACAGAACUUCACUGAAAGAUAUGCCGGGAUAUUUCACUUCCAGUUCUGGCAGUUUGGUGAGUGGGUGGAUGUGGUGGUCGAUGACCGUUUACCCACCAGAGAAGGAAAGCUGCUGUUUGUUCACUCAGCGGAGGGAUCCGAGUUUUGGAGCGCACUGCUAGAGAAAGCCUAUGCUAAGGUGCAUGGCUGCUAUGAAGCCCUGUCUGGAGGAAACACUAUCGAGGGUUUUGAGGAUUUCACAGGAGGGAUUGCUGAAGUUUACACCUUAAACAAAGCUCCACCGAAGCUCUUCCAAAUCAUAAAGAAAGCUCUGGGGCUGGGCUCACUGCUGGGUUGCUCCAUUGAUAUCACCAAUGCCUAUGAGACAGAGGCGGUUACAGCUCUUAAACUUGUCAAGGGGCAUGCAUACUCACUGACUGGUGCGGAGGAGGUUAAUUACCUAGGCAAGCAGGUUGAGCUGGUCCGCAUCAGGAACCCAUGGGGUCAGGUGGAGUGGACAGGGUCUUGGAGUGAUGGAUCCAGCGAAUGGAACCACGUCAGUAAAGAGGAGAAGUCAAAGUUGAACAAUAAGGCUGAGGAUGGAGAGUUCUGGAUGUCCUAUUCAGACUUCAUCAGGCAGUUCUCCACGCUGGAGAUCUGUAACUUGACCCCAGACACGAUCAUGAGUGACGAUGUGGGCCACUGGAACCACUACCAGUUUGAAGGGAUGUGGAGGGCGGGCUCCACUGCUGGCGGCUGCCGCAAUAACCAAGCCACAUUCUCGUCCAACCCACAGUAUGUGGUGCUUCUGGAGGAUGUGGAUGACGACCCCCUGGAUGGGGAGGAUGGCUGCACCUUCCUGGUUGGGUUGAUGCAAAAGGACGGACGACAGAAAAAGAAGCUUAACCGCAACCUUGAAACCAUUGGCUAUGCCAUUUAUAAGGUCCCAGAUGAGCUCAAAGGCCGCAGCAAUGUUCACCUGGGUCCAGAUGUCCUGCUGCGACAGAGAGCAGUGGCCAUGAGCAGCACCUUCAUCAACACACGGGAGGUGUGUGACCGCUUCAAACUUCCUCCAGGAGAAUAUGCCAUAGUUCCCUCGACCUUCCAGCCUCACAAGAAUGGCAGCUUUGUUCUCAGGGUCUUCUCAGAGAAACAGGCUGCAACCAGUCCACUGGAGGAGGACAUUGAUGCUGAAAUCGAGGAGGAGGAGAUAUCUGAGGAUGAUGUGGAUCCUCAUUUUAGAGAGGUCUUCAAGCAGAUUGCUGGCGAUGAUAUGGAGGUAUCUGUCUUUGAACUGGUUAAAAUGUUGAACAACAUUGUCUCUCACCGGUCUGACAUCAAGACAGAUGGCUUCAGCCUUGAGACAGGUCGCCUUAUCGUCAGUCUGCUGGAUAAAGAUGAAAGUGCCAAGCUGGGACUGAUGGAAUUCCACUUGCUUUGGGGAAAAAUCCAAAAAUACCUGGAGAUCUUCAAGAAUCAUGACACAGACAAUUCGGGCACCAUGAGCUGCCACGAGAUGAGAGGCGCUGCCACUCAAGCAGGUUUCCACAUCAACAGUGCUGUGCUGCAGUCCAUUGUCAGUCGUUACGCGGAUGCUCAGUAUGCCAUAGACUUUGACAGCUUUGUAGGCUGUCUCAUUAAACUGGAAAUGCUCUUCAAAAUGUUUAAGUCUCUGGAGAGAGCUGACGCAGGAAAUAUCGAGCUGGACAUGCAACAGUGGCUGUGCCUGGCGAUCUACUAAAAAACUGAAGAGGAGGCCAGGGAUGACACUUUUGAGAUAUACGCUGAAAGAAAAAUGAAUUCAUUUCAUUCAAAGAUACUCUUUCCAAUAAUAAAAACCCAUGGACUUUCCCAAUAUGUUCCAAAUGCAUGCAUAUUGCUAAAAUGGAUUUGUCAAAUUAAAUGAUAUUUGCUGAUUACAAA